AUGUCGUCGCAGGCCGUUGCGACGUCGACAAGAGGUCUGCCAGAUUUCGCAUCAUGGCCUGACCACUCGAACCUUCACCGCGACAACCACAGCGACUCGGACCGUGCAGAUGAAAUAGACCGCCAACCAAGCCACUCGCCCGUGUCGAGUCGCCCUUCAUGGAGUGAAAUGGACGUGCAACAAAGGAGCCAGGCAGUCGGUAAUCUGUUGGCAGCUCUGGCUCCCAUCAGUCCCACCUCAACUCAGACUCAACCGCAGACCGCACCUGCGCCCGCUCACGCGCAAACACACCAGCCGCCUCUGCCAGACCUGCCUAUUGAGCCUAUUGACGACGUGGAGGACAACUCGACUGCAGGAGCCACCGACGGCAACAAUCAAAAUCUGGACCUAAACAUCGCCGAUGCCUCACUACCCCUUCUCCCGCUUGAAUACCCUGAUCACUUUCUCGAUGCGAGCACGCUACCACCAUUACCGUACCCACUCCCUCUAGACACCCUAGGACAAUCUCUGCCGACCAGCAGCGCUUUGGCAGAAACAUAUCGAGAAGAAUCGCCGCCGCCUAGCGCCUUUCAAAUGUCAUCUCCCGAGAAGAGAGAGAGGAGGCAAGUUGAAGCAUUCGCCAAACUUGAAUUUGACGAUGGGAACUACUACAUCACCACUUACGCAUGCGAGUUGGGACGAGACGCCUUCGCCUACAAAGCUGCCCUUGCCCGGGAAGAAGCGCUCAAGGCCGGACACGAUCGUGGCCACAGUUCAAGCGGAAGAAGUGGAAGGCGUUCGGGCAUGUCUCAGGGCGUUCCCCUUCCCGGCGACAGCCAGGUGCAGGGGAGUGUUGUGAGCGAGGCUGGUGGUUUCGGCGGUGUCGAUGACGGUCCUAUCCUCAAACAUGGCAAAGAUGAGGACGGCAACCCACUCCACUCUCAUUCAUCUGAGAUGUCUGCCGGUAGUGUUGUCAGACCUCAGGAAGUUCUCUACCACCCUCCACCAGCUCCCUUCGACUACCAUCGAACAGCUCAACGUCAGGCAGAUGCUGAGAACAAGAAGAAGGUUCGUGACCCAGAGGAGGAGAAGCCGGCGCCUGUAACAGAAGAGCAUCUCCCGGAUGCAAAUCGUUGUCCGCUUAUCCCCAUCCACGCCACGCAGAAUGAGGAGAUAUCAGAGGUAGCCUGUCACAGAAACAUUUCCCGCCGACAUGUAAGGAUAGAGUGGAGCGACAAGAAGGAAUGCUUCCAGAUGCACAUCUUGGGCCGGAAUGGUGCCUUUUUGGAGGGCGAGUGGUUAGCCUGUGGUCAAGUACGCAAACUCCGUGAUGGUUCAAAGAUACAGGUGUCCGGUGUAGAGAUGACUUUCAGGCUACCGCUUGAGGAGAAGGAAGAGUCUCCGAGCGAUGAGUCAGGCAGAGACGAUGUCGAUCAGAGUCCACUUCCACCUCCACGGAGCACUUCGCCAACCUCGGAUGAGCAAGAGAGGAGCAUUUCACCACCAAGACCAGCACCAGGCAAAGGUAAGACGAAGAUCAUCCUCAAAGCCGCCGUCCAGCCUACCGCUCCGCCACCCCAACCAGCAGCGCUGCCAGAGCCUGUCCUUGGACCAGACGGGCUGCCUCUACCUGCAAAGAGACGUGGACCCGGCAGGCCACCCAAAGAUGGAAUCAUGUCAACCCGAGAGCGAAAAGAACGGGAGAAAGCUGCUAGGCUUGCUGAGGCAAAAGCCGCCAAUGGGGGAAUGACGCCGCCACCGAUGCGAGGCAAUAAGCCGCAGAAGCCUGUCAUGAAAGAGGAGGAGCUCACGACCGAUCUGAAGCCCGAAAAAAGGAAGUACAAGAAGCGAAAGAGAGAAGGAGAAGAUGGCGAUGUCAUGCCGUCAAUCGAGGGAGGUGAAAUCGAACUCACUGCUGAGCCCGAGAAACCACCUCCACUCAAGAAGGCGAGGUCGAAGUCUCCCAGUCCGGACUAUCCCCCAGCAGAGAGCUUGACGGAGGAGCAGCUUGCUAGGCCGUCGGAACCGUACGCUCGACUUAUCUACGAUAUCUUGCUGGACAUUCACCCUCGGGCCCUUCCGUUGAAGCAGAUCUACCGUGCCCUGAAGCUGAAGUUCCCAUUCUUUGUACACAGGGUAGACUCAGAAGGAUGGCAAAGUAGUGUUCGGCACAACCUGAACCAAGAAUGGAACAAACUGUUCGAAAAGGGAGAGAAAGAAGGCAAAGGCUUCGCAUGGAAGGCUAUCCCCGGUGCUUUACAGCCUCAAGCAGAGAGAAGACGUGCCACCCAGCAAGCUUCAACCUCCAAACCGAAGCCGGUCCCGACUCCACGCCAAAAUAUCCCUCAAGGACCUCCUCAGCAGCUCAACUGGCAGAACAGCACCCCUUACCCUCACAACGGUAUGCCCGGUCAAGGACAUCAUCCGCCGUUCUACGGCCAAGGUCCAAAUGGGUCCCUACCACCGCCACCCAACGGUAUGCCAUGGCCGCCGGGCAGUGUGCCUUCGUCAGGUUCACCAUAUCCGCAUGGCAAAGCUCCGCAUUACGGUCAGCCCGGCCCACACGCUCAACCUUUCUAUCCUCCGCAACAAGGCUCCUCACACGGAGGCGCAGGUCCUCCAGCCAACCAAGGACCUUAUCGACCUCCACACACCGGUCCGACGCCGGUGCCAUCUUCAGUCGUUCCGACUAGCACUUCGGCGUCCCGAAAUAUGCCGUGCACCCUCGACGGUCUCAUUACUAUAAAGACUUUCGAGAACGCAAUGCUGAAGACUGUCCAUCCGUCGGGCCUGGAGCGUUGGCAAAGAAUCUUUGCGUCUGCAAGGAACAGAUUGCUCCAUGGUCACCCAGAGUCUUUGAUGCCUGGUGGCGAGAGCGCAGAGGAAGCCACAAUCAUGAAACACAUGCAGGAUUUCAUUCAACGAUUCAGGAACCCUAGCUUUGUUGGGUUCUCUACUGCCACCGGGUCGCCUGCACCGUCUCCCGCCAGCGUGACUUCCAAGACCAGUACACCGCAGCCUGCUCCAUCCGCUUCUGCUGUAUUGGCCAGGUCGCAAGAUGAUCCCUCCACACCGGCCGUUGCCUCACCUCCACCUCCUCCACAUUCGCCCUCGACCGCGCCUGCCAAUGAGCCCCCGAAGACUCCGAUGCACAAGCCAGAGGCAGCACCUUCCGCCGAAAGCGACAAGAUGGAAGCAGUUGAACCAUUCACAACCACCACACCAGCCGCCACAGACUCUGUCGCAUAG